GCUCUCACUCGGGCCGCGACGCCGGCAGUGCCGGCGUGCUUGCCCGAGGCGGAGCCGCCUUGUCCUCCUGCUGGGGUCACUUGGCUUGGGGUCGGCUCGAGUUGUUGGCGCCUGUGCGUCAGACGCGGCCAGGGGACACUUUCCUCACUUCCUUUCUUGACUCUGAAAAGAACAUCUCCUGCAGUUUGAAGCAGAGACUCAUCUUCAGUGUGCCUGCUGUAGCUGGGACCAGCCUCUCUGGGAUCACAAUGACCAUGGAAGGCAGGGGGACAUUAGAUAUCAUCCCCAGGACUGCCAUGUAUCAGAAGCAGGAAGGGAGCUGGACUGUGAAGCAGGAACCAGGAAGCCAGACCUGGGGAAAGAAGAACUACCCUCCCGUGUGUGAACUAUUCCGACUGCACUUCAGGCAGCUGUGCUACCAUGAGAUGUCUGGGCCUCAGCAGGCCCUGAGCCGGCUCAGGGAGCUCUGCCACUGGUGGUUGAUGCCAGAGGUCCACACCAAGGAGCAGAUCCUGGAGCUGCUGGUGCUGGAGCAGUUCCUGAGCAUCCUGCCCAAGGAGCUUCAGACCUGGGUACAGCUCCAUCACCCCGAGACUGGCGAGGAGGCUGUGGCUGUGGUGGAGGAUUUCCAGAGACACCUUAGCGAGUCAGGGGAGGUUUCACCUCCAGCACAAGAACAGGAAGUGCAAUUAAAGAAGAUGGUAGCUCUGAGUGCAACAGAGCAGUUGCCUACCUCAACUUCCAGUCAAGGCUCGGCCCCCGACACCCCCUUGGAACUUCCCUGUGACCCAGAAGCACACCACUUCCUCAGUGGACACUUCCCCAGUGGACACUUCGAUCCUGCUUUCCCCAAAGUGGGGAACUCCAGAGCCCAGCCAGUGGCUAGUGUGCUUAGGAUGGCCAGGCCUCAGGAGACUACAGUGAACAAGGCCUGUACGCAGAAAAAGAGGAGUGCUCUGUGUGAGACGGAGGUAGUGAGAGGUGAACUCGGCCUGGCCUCUCUAGGUAAGAAAAGGAUGGGAAGUUCUGAGUACAGUCCAAAGCAGGACAUUUCUAAAGGAUCACAUUCACUUGACACAUCCUCAAGGGGACUCUUUGGAGUGGCCCUGGUAGAACCAGAGUCGGGAGACAUCUGUGAGGACCCUUUAGCACAGAUGGAAGGGCAUCCUUCAGAUGAAGAAGGCAGCGGACUAGAAAGUGAUUUCUUGGAAAAGAAAGAUAAGAAAAAGUCCACAAGAGACAAAAAUGAGGAAUGUAAAGAUGUAGGGGAACAUCCAGAUAUACCCUCCAGUCCUGUUGAGCAUCAAGCAAAGAGACAGAAGUCCUAUCAGUGUGAUGAAUAUGGCAAAGUUUUUAACCAGAGCUCACACCUCCUUGGACAUCAGAGAAUCCACAUUGGGGAGAGACGCUUUGAAUGUCAUGAGUGUGAGAAGACCUUCCGACAGACAUCUCAGCUAAUUGUUCACCUCAGAAGACACACUCAGGAAAAACCUUAUGAAUGUCCUGCGUCUGGGAAGACUUAUUGCCACAGUUCCCAUCUUAUUCAACACCAGAGUCUCCAUAGUGGGGAGAAACCUUAUAAAGGUAAUGAAUGUGUAAAAGCUUCCAUUCAGAGUUCCCAGCUCACAGACCACAAGAGAACACACACUGGAGAGAAAGCUACUGAGUCUGGGGAAGCGUUCAUUUGGAGUAAAAGCCUUAUCCAGCAUCAGGUCCUGCACACUAGUAAGAAGCCCUAUGAGUGUAAUGAGUGUGGGAAAGCCUUCUGUUCCAACAGAAAUCUCAUUGACCACCAGAGAAUCCACACUGGGGAGAAGCCUUAUGAAUGUAUUGAGUGUGGCAAGGCCUUUAGUCGGAGUAAGUGUCUUAUUCGACAUCAGAGUCUCCACACUGGGGAAAAACCAUACAAAUGUAGUGAAUGUGGGAAAGCCUUCAGUCAGAACUCUCAGCUCAUUGACCAUGAACGAAUUCAUACUGGUGAAAAAACGUUUGAAUGUAGUGAAUGUGGUAAGAAAUUCAGUUUAAGUAAAUGCCUUAUUCGGCACCAGAGACUUCACACUGGAGAAAAGCCCUAUAAAUGCAACGAGUGUGGAAAAUCCUUCAGUCAAAACUCUCACCUCAUUAUACACCAGAGAAUUCACACCGGUGAGAAACCUUAUGGAUGUACUGAGUGUGGGAAAGUCUUCAGUUAUAGUUCUAGCCUCAUGGUUCAUCAGAGAACCCAUACUGGUGAAAAGCCCUAUAAAUGUAAAGACUGCAUGAAAGCCUUUGGUGACAGUUCACAGCUUAUUGUGCACCAGAGAGUUCACACUGGUGAGAAGCCUUAUGAAUGUAUUGAGUGUGGGAAAGCCUUUAGUCAGCGCUCCACCUUUAAUCACCAUCAGCGAACUCACAAUGUGGAGAAGCCCUCAAGUCUGCUUCAGGCAGUAUCUUAAGGUUUCCUGAGACGGAGAAUAAAGAAUUCUGAGUU